AUGUUCUGGCUCCUGGCCCUGCUGGCUUCCCUCGUCCUUCUGCUGAUCUGGGCAGCACCUCACGUCAGGGAAGCAUUUUCUAAAGGAGUAUGUACAUCAACUGUACAGCUUCCUGGAAAGGUAGUAAUAGUCACUGGAGCCAACACGGGCAUUGGGAAGGAGACAGCCAAAGACCUUGCUCAGAGAGGAGCUCGAGUGUAUAUUGCUUGCAGGGAUUUGCAAAAGGGGGAGUUGGCAGCCAGUGAGAUCCGGGCUAAGACGGGGAACCAGCAGGUACUGGUGCGGAAGCUGGACUUGUCUGAUACCAAAUCAAUCCGAGCCUUUGCUGAAGCCUUCCUGGCAGAGGAGCAACAGCUCCACAUUCUGAUCAACAAUGCAGGAGUGAUGAUGUGCCCCUACUCUAAGACAGCUGAUGGAUUUGAGAUGCACAUGGGAGUCAAUCACUUAGGCCAUUUUCUUCUGACCCACCUGCUGCUGGAGAGGCUGAAGGAAUCAGCCCCAUCAAGGGUAGUGAACUUGUCUUCCUUGGCAUUUCACCUGGGCAGGAUCCAUUUUUACAACCUACAUGGCGAGAAGUACUAUAACCGGAGCCUUGCCUACUGCCACAGCAAGCUGGCCAAUGUGCUUUUUACCCAGGAGUUAUCUAGGAGACUAAAAGGCACUGGAGUUACUACAUAUUCUGUACAUCCUGGAACCGUCAACUCUGAAUUAUUUCGGCAUUCCCUUUUCCUGAAACUGUUAUUUAAGCUCUUCUCCUCCUUCAUUAAGACCCCGCAGGAAGGAGCCCAGACCAGCCUGUAUUGUGCUUUGACUGAGGGUCUUGAACCUCUGAGUGGGAACCAUUUCAGUGACUGCAGGCCUGCAUGGAUUUCUUCUCGGGGACGCAACAUGACAACGGCGAGGAGGUUGUGGGAUGCCAGCUGCGACAUGCUGGGAAUCCAGCAGGACUGACGCCAAAGAGCAGCUUUAGACUGCUCAGUUUUCAUGUGCCAAAAGGACUUCUAAGGCUAAUGGAAAGGGAGCAUAGUCCUUGCACAGAGGAGACGUUUUCUUACCUGACUUCAGGGUGACAGCCCAAUGCACUGCCAGGUCUUUCUAAAUAUCCUUUAGUUGUAUGUCUCUGCCUUGUCCCCUGUUCCUGCCAGGGCCAUCAGUCAUAAUACAGGGAAAGCAAGACCCCAAUAUCUACAUGUGCAGAUAAUUCUUCCCUCCUGCUAGCUUCUAGCUGAAUGGGGCCAGAUGACAGAGAGGGAAGGAUUAUACUGAAAUUUUAGCCCUCUUUGACCUUUAUUAGAUGGAAUCUAGUUCUGCCUAGCUGAUCUGCAUUUGGGAGAAAAGUUCUGUAAUCUUAGUCUGGAGACUCUUCAUCAAGAUCAAAACCAGGUUCUCUGUUUGGUAAAAAUUAAUUCAAAGCUCUAAAGUCUAGACUCACUCAGGAAAAUCUUUAUUAAGCCUAGACUUCACUUUGGUUCUUUCCUUGGGUCAUCUUGGAGCCAUUGUGGGUAUGGUGGAGCAUGCCAUGUUUUUAUUAUGAUAGCUUAAAAAAAAAUCCAGCCCUCUCCUUCUACUCCAUUUAGGAGAAAAUAAAGGCCAAAUGUUCUUUGUCAUUUUCUUGCUGUUUCUGACAAGAUAGGAAAAGAGAAAGAAUAAGAGAAAUUAGGACUGCAUGUUGUGAUGUCAGGUGACUCAUUUCUCUUCCUUCUGCCUUUGUUUCUCUUUAUAAAAAAGUCAGGAGAGAAGGGCUCAGUGGAUAGAGAGCUCUUCUGCAGAUA